AUGAAUCAGUUGUUGGAUUCUCCGCUCGAAGCUUUAGCAUUUAACUAUUUAAGCUUUGGGAUUUUCACGGUGUUGAAUAAUCUCUGGACGUGGAUCGCUGUUCUCACGGCUGCGCUUAGUUUUUGGAGGAUCAGAGCAGCCGCCGUUUCAUCAAGGUAUGUUCAAAGUAACGACCCAAAGCCGUCGACGUCCAUUUCCGAUCGUGCCCCAGACGAGUCUCCACCGGUUCCUGAACCCGAUAACAAGCCGACCCCUUCAGCUUCGGUCGCGGAGACGAGCGUUUGGCCGUUAGUUUGCAGAGGAGUGACCAGAGGGAAGUUUAAGUUGACUGUUUAUCACGACGAUGACGGAGAAAAGAGUGACGUCGACGUCGACGUCGACAGUGGAGUGAGGGGAAUGGGACCGGGUGACGGCGGUGGCGAAUGUAAUCAAUGGUGGGAGAGUUGGGAAGGAGUGUUGAAGUUGAGGAACGGGGAAACGGGGUGGUACAAAUAUCAGGAUUUGACAGCGUUAAACGGCAACGUUGUUAGGUUAUGGGAUGAAUCAUGCAAGUGUAGGAGAAGAAGGUAAUAGCUCGAGUUGCUGUGCUUUCAUGGUGGUUGGUUGUGAUGGCAUUUUAGGAAUAAUUAU